GCAAGCAGUCGCGGAUUGGACAGAUUCACAGCGAGCCGGUCGCAGCGCAGGAAGGCGGGGUUUAUUAAAAUACCGGUGGGAGCAAAGUAACGCCUACUUGGAGACGGCAUGGUUUCCAUCCUCUUCCUUGUCAGCAAGGGUUCACGAGACUAAUUAUUGAUAAUUAACACUGUUUAAUGAUAAAUAUACAGAAACAUUAUAAUGGGAUUUGUGGUGUUUAUGUGGCGCGGCACUGAAACAAGGUUGCCAGUGCUGUCUUGAACCAGAUCGGUUUGUGCAUGACGCAUUUUCUGAAAGUUGUAAUCACCGAGUGAUCCACAACGCGAUCUGGUAGUGAUGUUUUCCCCGUCGCGGUGAAUUGUGGGCAGGCCUCGGUCCUCCCUGGCUUUAAUCUCACACUAGACUGUAACCCGGGUAGGGAAAAUGGCUGCUCCGGUAGCUCCAGCGGGUCUUCCUCCGGGUUUCUGUCCGAGCUUUGCCGUCGUGUGCUCGUUUUUAGAGCGGUACGGUGCUGCUCUGGAUCUGCCCGAAAUGACUUUCCCGCAGAUGGAAGGAUACUUGCAGGAUACAUCAUCAGUUCCACAACCUCUUGUUGAGCUCCACGUCAAGCUACUUCGCAAGCUUGGCAAGUCGGUGACGUCAGACAGAUGGGAGAAGUAUCUUGUUAAGGUGUGUCAGGAGUUCAACAGUACCUGGGCGUGGGAGCUGGAGAGGAAAGGAUACCCAGAAACGUCCGUGGAGUGCAAGGCCGACAUCCUUAAGUAUUUGUGUGAAAGCCAGUUUGAUGACAACAUCAAGUUUAAGAUGGCAGUGAACGAGGAAGAACCGGAGCAGAUGCGCCUGCAGCCGAUCGGCAGAGAUAAGGAAGGGCUCCUGUACUGGUUCCAGCUGGACCAAGACCAGAACGUGCGGCUCUACGUGGAGGAGCAGGACGAUCUGGAUGGGUCGUCUUGGAGGUGCAUUGUCAAGAAUAGGAACGAAUUAGCAGACAUUUUGGAGCUCCUUAAAGCUAAGGUGGAACCAGCAGUGACGGAUGAGGAGCGACACGACGGUACUUCUGGCAGCCCAGGAGACGAGAAAAGCGGUGGAGGUGAACAUAAAGGCAUGAGCAAGGCUGCUAAGGUGGAGCCUGCACCAGAAGAAGAAAGCAAGCCAGUUGCCUUGAGCACUGCGAAUUUCAAUUCUGACAAAUCGGUCAAAGAUGAAAGUCAGACAGCACGUGAGAUGAAACAAAAAGGAUCUACCGGGCCACUUAAACUAGAACAAGAGCGAAAGGAAGAGCUUGAGCUGAAAGCGGUCGGCACCGAAACCCCCAAACUGGACCAGGCUCCUGUUAUAGACAACCGAGUGAGCACGAUUAAGAGCCUCGUCAAGGACGAGCCGAGGGAUUCACCUCGACACUGGAACGCCAUCUCGGUCGUCAUGGCGCCCGGCUCUAUCAAACAGGAACUUCCGGCAAAGACGGAUUCCUGUAAGGACAAGAAAGAGAAACCGGCGGAAGUUUUCGAGAGGGCCAUGAAAAGCGACCAGCAGGCUAAGAUACCACUGAAAAAGAGGGAGCUGAAAAGAAGCGAGGGCUACGACAAUAGUCCUUACAGCCACGUAAACAAUACCAAUAACAGCAACGGCGGUGUUUCUGUGGGUGGCAUAAUUGUACGCAACCCAGCAGCAAUGGAGCAUGCUGGCGAAAAGAAAACAGCCCCACCUCCGCUUCUUACAGGAAACUCCGAGCAGCAGAUACAGAGCAGCGACUCGGUCCAUGACGGGGUCGUAUCUCCGAACAAAAGAGAACAGUACGUAGGUUUCGGUGUGAUCAUGGGCCCGAUUGAGAGAAAGCAAACGUUUCCCGCGGCUGAUGGCUCGGGAAAUCCCACGAAGGAUCGAAACGGACUGCAUGAAGAUCAGGAUGCGAAGAGCUUUAAGUCUGCGGCGAUACAUGCUGAGAAUGUAAGGCAGUCUGUUCUAGUUAGAAAGCCGAGUAUUUCCCAGGCCACGCAUCAUUCGAGCAUGAGCGAAGAGAUGACGCUCCGAGUCGAGCACGCAGAAAGCGACGCCAAAGUAAAGGCUCUUGGAGGAGACGCGAAGGAGCGAGCUGCGUUAUUGCUGGCUUUACCGACCGAUGCCGAAAAGGAGUAUAGUGACGGGAAGUCGGUUAUCAGGUCUAGCACUGAGCAGGAAACGGUAGGAGAGCUGGAAGACGCGGGUAGCGCGGAAGAGUUGGCGGGAAGCAGGAAGGAUAAAGCGACAACGGUCCCCGAUGGAGGAACGGGUAAUAUGGCGGGCUGUCUUAAAGCUGCAGAAGAAAAAGGGUUGAAAAGUUCCAGAAAAAAGCGCUCUGAUAAAGCCAAGCUCAAGUCGCAAACCGGGGAGAAUCGGAAUAAACUCGACGAGGAAGAAGUGUCCUCCGAGCUUCAGAAGGAGGGAAUUCGUCUGAAGAUCAAGAUCCCGCUGCACAGACGAACCCCCGAGCUCCGCAGGUCGGCCAGAAUCUGUAAGCCCAGUCCCAAGCUGGCAGAGAUUCAGGAGCGGAAACACACACCGCCCUCUGCGGCACGGGACUCUGAGGAGCACGUGGAUCAGGGAGACGAGAGAGCGCUUCACAAGAGGGACCUGCACAAGAAACUCCCCUCCGAUGGACAAAUCAAAUCUGCUAAGGGGAAACGACGACACAGGCGGCCUCGCUGGUCGAAACUUCCAAAACCUCGCAAAACCGAAGUAGGAGCAGAUGCAGCGUGCGAGAGCAAAGCCGAGCGAGACGAUGAGAAGAGUGAGUUGGAUUCACAGCAUUCCGAGGAAGCUCCACCUGAAGAUGCCUGUAAACACUGCAGCCUCCCCAACCACCCUGAACUGAUUCUUCUCUGUGACCGGUGCGACAGCGGCUACCACACGGCCUGCCUGCGCCCUCCUCUGAUGAUCAUUCCUGAUGGAGAGUGGUUCUGCCCUCCGUGUCAGCAUAAGCUGCUGUGUGAGAGGCUGGAGGAACAGCUGCAGAACCUGGACACGGUUCUGAAGAAACGGGAAAGAGCUGAGAGGAGGCGUGAGCGCCUGGUCUAUGUGGGAAUCAGCGUGGAGAACAUCAUACCCAAUCCAGACGCUGAUGCAGAGGACGGAAAACAAGAGAAGAAAAAAGGUGCAAAGAAGUGUAAGAACCUAGAGAGGAGAUCAACACGAAAGAGGAAGUCCAUUAGUUACAGGUUUGACGACUUUGACGAAGCAAUCGACGAAGCAAUAGAGGAAGAAGUGCAGAAUUCAGACGGAGGAGAUGUGAGUCUUGGUAAGGAUAUGGCUGCUAUCACAGACCAGGAAGAGAAAGAGGUAGCUAAAGAGAUCCGACAGCCUGUGAAAACCCCUGCUCCACGGAAGAGGAAACGCCGCCGGAGGCUUAAUGAUUUAGACAGCGAGAGCACACUGGAUGAGGAGGAGAGCGAGGACGAGUUUCAGAUCAGUGACAGUAUGGAGGAGGAUGAUUUUGUGGUGUCUGGGGACGAUGGAGGCAGCGACGCUGAUGCUGUAUCCUGGGAUGGCAGUGAGAGAGGCAGCAUCUCCAGCAGUGUAGACCGCCUGCCUCCAAUCAGGAAAACGGCCAGGAACGGCCGAACACAGAGAACCAAGAAGAGGACACUCAGAUCGGCUCGACGCCAGCGAGGCUCUUCGGAGGAAGAGGAGGAGGAGGAAGAGGAAGAAGAAGAGGAGGAAGAGAUGGACACGGAGGGCUCCAGUGAUGUCAGUGACAGCGAUGUGAAUCUGAGCAGGCGGCGGUCACGGCGCAGUCAGAAAGCCCAGAUUAACUACUGCGAGACGUCCGAGUCCGAGGGGUCGCAGAAAACCUCAGAACGGAAGACUAACCAAGCGCCACGUCGUCGCCGAAUCUCCAGCUCCAACACGUCUGUUGUUUCGAAGGACUCUGAGCCCGAGGAGGAGUCUGACUCGAGGGGCAGACACCGAGGCAGAAAGAGGCAGUCGACGAGGGAAGACUCGAAACAGAGGCACAAACGGCUCAAACUGAAACCAGCAAGAAGUACAAGCGAGGAAGAGGAGGAAUCGGACGAGGAAGGAGACGCCGGUGUGUCCGACGCGGAAAGGAGGCCAGUCCGUAAAAACCUGAACCGUAUCGAAUCGGAUGAGGAAGAAGAGGACGGGGCGGAGAAAAGACCAAUGAGAAAGAUGGCCGGAAAGCAGGCCAGCAGAGUUACAGACUGCAGGGAGAUGAGUGUGAAGGCACACACUAGAGGCUCGAAGGACUCGAUGCUGAAGCACAACGGCCUGCUCCCUCCAAGAUCUUCAGCUCAGGAUGAAGACGACGACGACGAUGAGGAGGAGGAUGAGGAGGAUGACCUCACCGCCACUACAGACUUUGUUAACUUUGUUUUUGACAGCGAACAGUUAUCGUGAUGUGCUGAAGAAAUUUCAUAUAUUAUUUUCUCAUUGCCUUUUUUUUUUUAGUGUUUUUUUUUUUUUUUUUUUUUUGAGUGUACUGGACCAAUCCAAGCUUCCAGAGGAAUUUUCACACGAUGUCUAAACAUACUUUAGUUACAUACAUCAUGCACAUGUCAGAUGUAGAGCAGGGUCUCGGUGCACAUCCUGAUUUUUUUAUGAGUGAAAGGUGCAAAAUUUGAAAGUUAGAUUUGAUCAGCUAGUCGCAAACUUGAUCAUAUGACUAGUUUCUCUAAGGUUAGCUGCCUUUUUAGUGGACCUGGCUCAUGGUUUUAAUUCCACAGUGUAUUCCACAGUUUUAAUUCCACAAGAGACUGGAAUGAAUGGGAAUCAUGGGCGAUUGUUUCCAGAGCUGAAAACAUAUGUAAAAAUGCAUAUUCUAAACUAAUAUCGACUGAAGACACUAAGGUUCUAUGUCACAUUUAUAUUUCCCUUUAAAAGAAGCUUCAAAAAUCAGAAUGAAAACUGUACAUAGUCUUGAUCUGGUCUGGAUUUUUUUCUUGAGGAAAGGGCAAGUACUCUGUCGUGGUCUUUCAUGCCAAGUCAGUCCUCUAGUGAUGGUAAUUAUGGCUGGGGUUUUUUAGCGAGAUGGAUCUUUAAGUUCAGCUCACCAAUAAGGGUCAAAUCUUUUGGUUCCCAAACAGCUGAUUGUCGUCUUUUUCUUUUCUUUUUUUUUCUUUUUUUUUUUUUUUUAAACUCAAAGUUUGGUAUUUCGACCAGUGUUUGCUCUAUUAAUGAGUAAAACUGUUUUGUAAAAUUGUUCCUAUUAGCAAAAUAACAUUUCUCUCGCACUGCA